UUAAAAAGUCUUCAUAUCGAUCAAGCAUUAGGAAAUAUUGCAAAAUUAAUUAUGGCCUUAGAUCAAAAACCUUUUUUAAAGUAUCUUAAAUUCUUAAAAGUCGAUUUUUCAACAAUUUCACCUUCUGAUAUCAAAGCACUCUCACGAUGUAGAAAUUUGGAUUUGUUGGAAUUUAUUCAUUGUAAAGGGAUAACACUGGAUCAUUGUACUUCAUUAUCAAAUAAUCCAUUGGACAAUUUGAAAGAACUUAAACUUUUAAGUGAAUGUUUUGAUUCAUCAAUUGUAAAUUCUUUAAUCGAGAUUUGGGGUCAAUCUUUAGAAAGAUUAUAUUUGGAUAAAAUUAAAACGCAUGAAUUAUCAAAGACAUUGAUAAGCCGUUGUUCAAACCUUAAAUAUUUACAUGUCUAUAUCAGAGAAGGUUAUGAAUUCUUGUUACCAUUUCUUAGUCAAUCAUCACUACAACAUUUUACUAUAACUUCAUAUUAUACAGACAAUUUUUCGUAUAAAUUGG